CACUGCAACCAUGGAACCUGUCAACAAAUCCUGGAAACGGAGGUGUAAAAACCGGACACUCACCCACAAAGCUCCCCCAGGUGGACACGUGUUUACAGAUGUUGUUGUUGUUUCAGAGAAGUUGCGUGUCGGUAUAAACAGACAGUGUCUGCCAGCGCUCCACAUGGCCUGCCUUUACGGCCAGCUGGCCACCGUGCAGCUCCUGGUGGAGUCCGGUCAGGAGUGGAUCAACAGCAGCGACCUCCAGGGCCGCCGGCCGGUCCACAUGGUCCUGUCCUCCCGGAGCUCGCCCAGCACCUCCUCGUGCCUCAGAUACCUGCUGGAAAACGGGGCCGACAUCAACGUUACCACAGAUUCAGGGACUACCCCGCUGCACCUGGCCGCCUCUGAAGGCCUCCUGGACUGCACGGAGAUCCUGGUGCAGGCUGGAGCAGACGUGUCGGCCAGGGACAGCAUGGGACACACUCCUCUGGAUUUGGCCCGCGUCUGGUGCCGCAGGAAGGUGGCAAGGUAUCUGAAAAACUGCAUGUGGCAGUUAGACAAGAAGAAAGAAAUGCAGGAGAGGAGGCUGGUUCAAACUCUGUACAGUGAUUUAGUGGACAUGGUCAAAGUGAAUAAUCACAAUAGAAAGACACUUAUCGAUGAGAAGGUGGCAGAGUGGGCCAACACUAAAGGUUUUCCUCCCCUGAAGGAUUUUUCUCCCAAAGAGUUGGUGAGCCAGUACCACACCGGUUGCCUCUCAUCAGAUCAGAACAGCUCUAAUCCAAAACACGCCGAGCGCCUGCUGAAGAGCCCGCAGGGAGUUCUUCUGGAGGACAAGCAACCUCCAGCCUCCUCCUCCAGACCCUGGACCAUCUUCAUGGGCCUCCAGCCAGAGAAACCCCUCAGAGAGCCGGACCUGCGGGACAACGUCUCUGUGUGGAGGGACGGCGGGCGUGGCCGGCCUCAGUACACCACCAGGUGGGACGCCACGCCUCGGCCCGCCCCUCACCUGCCUCUGGACGUCCUGGAGAGGGCGUUGUUCCCCAGAGCUUUCCCUUCCAGGAUCGCCUCCCCACGCUACUUUGAGCCACAGGACAUCGUGGAGGUCCAGCACAGAGGACACCCCCAGGGGCGGAGCACCUCCCCCUGGACGGAGGUGGCCAUGCACCUGGCUGAGGUGCUGGAGCCCGGACACUACUGAUCAUCUCCACGGAGACCUGAAAUCAGCCGAUGCAUUAAAACUCACCUGGUGUUGAAA